AUUAGAAGAGGAAGAGGAAGAGGAAGAGGAAGACGAAGAGGAGGAGGAGGAGGAGGAGGAGAAGAAGAGGACAUAGACAUACCUUUGGCGUCUGUCUUAGCCUAAUGCAGGGCUAGAGCAGCAUGUUGUAGUGGGCUUUCUUGGUGAGUGUCGCAAGUCGGUCAGUCAGAGAAGAAGAGGAGGAAAAGAGAUAUACCUUCUUGUGAGUGGCGUAAGAAGAGGAGAAGAGGUUUCCUGCUAUUUGUUGGCUCAAAUAAAUGUGGUGAUUAGGGUUAGUUUACAUAUAUAUAAAUGAGGCUCAAUUGGCUAAAGUUGACAUAUCUAAUUUUUGAUCCAAUUGCAUCAAUCCAACGACGUGUAAUAGUUUAAGAUAUAAAAUUAAAAAGAGUACUAAAGUGAUGCUUAUUCACUUUUUUCACCUUUACUUGCUUUUCUCUCGUCUUGUCCACGUUCGCUUUGCCAGUCAUGUUCAAGGCGACAUAGGGUCGUCUCGCAUUGCUUUUCACAACACUGGUCCACCCCAUGAGUUAAUCACCUGCCUGUAUAGGACCAUACUCUUAUUUUCCUUAAAGGAACCACCGGUCGUUGGUAAUUGCUCAUAUUGGUUGAGUUGAGAAAUUUUGUAUUAGCUUAUUAAUUAAUUGCACAGAUUGGAAUUUGUGAAAAUGUAAAUUUGGCAGCUGAUAUUAUGAUGAAAUUUGUCAAAUUUAUGAUUCUAGAAAUUUUUUUUUGGGGUCAAAUAUGAAUUUGUAAAUUGGAUAGUUCAUUUUUUGUACAUAGAGAUUCUUUUAAUUUUUUUAUGUCCCAACAUGUGUAUAUUUCAUCUGCAGUUACUUGAUAGGUCCAGGCUGAAAAUGAGUGUUUGGAUUUUUGUAACUUUACAUUUCAUUGUUUCUCUGCAAUGUAUAAGUUGCAUUGAUAUUUACUGAUAUACAUCUACAUGCAUAUGCGAUAUAUGUGUGCAUGUGUACUUGGCGGCCUUAUGGUGGAUGGUUAGAGAGAUUGUAAAGAGAAAGUGUUGCAAAUAAAAUUGAACAACAAAUGAAGGGGAUUUUAGAAAUUUUACACAUACUCUUAAGUUGUUAGUCAUCAGUUAUGGGGGUUUAGUAUCACAAGUGAAAGUUGAGAAGGGAAAUGUGGAACCAGCCCAAAUUACAAAGAAUUAUGUCUAACUAACCCUCUCUUUGUACUUAAAUAAUACAAUAAUCAUUUUAUAUUUGCAAUUAUUUAUCUACAUUUUUUUUGGACAAUUAGGUAAGAUAUGGGAUGUGGUUGGUUCAACUGUGGGUUCACAUGUUAAAAAAAAAGGAAAAAAUUUAAUGUUGAAGAGAUGACUUUUGUACAAAGGAUAUCUCUACUAUUUUUAUGCCUAUUUUCUUGCUUGUUAUCAAAUACUGCGAAAUGCCAAAUAUAAUCUUAAUUGAAGAUAGUCACUCACUAGUCAAAAAGAUUUAAAAUAAAUAAAAAUAAAUUGAGUAUGCAGAAUGUAAUUUUAGUAUAACUCGAAAUUCAAAUCGAGAAGGGUUAUACAAAUUGAAGAAUAAGAGAUAUUAAAGAGUAAAUAAUUAAAAUAGUUGCAUUUAAUAUCCCCAAGAAGGAGAUAUUGCAGAUGAUUUUGAUCAUAGAAUUAAAAAAAUGCUAGACUAAGCGAAUGAAUGGAUCGAAUGUAUAAUGUCAAUGUAUACUUCUUAUAUUGAAUUGUAGUUCUCAUUAGGCUAACGAUGUUUUUUGGUGCAGAGUGUUGGGCAGUUAAAAACAACUAUGCUCAAUGUAUAAAUGUAGCGGAAAUGAUAAUGUUUAAUUGGAUGCACGGUAAAACAAGAAAUUACAAAAUUAUGAAUGAAUAUAUUAGGGAACUAGGGGGAAUAGCAAUGACAAAAGAUAAAUUAAGAGGGAAUUGUUUUAGAUGGUUUGGACAUGUUUAUAAAUACAUAUAAAUGUUGCGGUGAGGAACAGUGAUGUGAUCCCUAUCAAAGGUAAUAUGUAGGGUGUAGGUAAACCAAAACUAACAGUAUCAUAUCGUAGAAAGACAUGAUAGCUUGUGGUUAAGAAAAAAUAUGGCCCUUGAUAAAGCAUGGCAAGAUUCACAUGGUGGACCCCAUAAUAACUGUGACAAGGAUCAUUUGAGUCGUGUUAUCCGCCCAAAUCUUGGUUACCAAUAAUUGUGCUAAGCAUUAUUUAGAAUAAUCAAAAUAAAAAAUGGGCACCAAUUGCUUAUGUAUUAUGUAUGUAUGCAAUGUGUACCAAAAAUCCAAUUUUUGUGCUUACAUGUGUGUAGUUCUGUUGAUUUUUUUGUCCAUAACAUUGCUCUUGAUUGAAGUAUGAAAAAUUAAAUUUUAAGAAACAGUAAUCAGCGCGGUGGUCUUUGCAAUGCCCUUCUUGAAGUGCAUGAUUCUCUUUUGGUUCAUCAUUUAAUGAUAUAUAGAGGGGUUACGGUGUUGCUUUAAGGUUUAGCCUGUUUUUCCUUACUGUUUAGCUAAUUUUAGGUUCUCGAAUUCUGAUAGUAUUGGUCAAUUGAAUCAAUUAGUAGCAUAAUGUUGAUUAUGAUUUUUAACUGUCCAUUUAUGGUAAGGAGAUACGUUGCUUCUCAUAUUGUUGAGAACUUGACUCAGUUUCCUUUUUUUUGCUUGCUGAUGGUGCCUCCUCACUUAUGAUGUUUAGUGCAGGGGAUCUACGCCGUGCUAAUGGCCUCCUUGCACGGUAUGGUUUUGUGCUUCAUGAAGAUGGAAGCCCGUCAAUAUUGUUUUACAACUUACUAAUGAAGGGUUAUAUAAGCUCCGGUUGUCCUCUGGCAGCAUUAGGUGUGUACGAUGAAAUUCAACAGCAGGGAAUGAUACCUGAUAAGCUCACAUAUAAUACUCUGAUCUUUGCAUGUGUCAAGACUGAAAAAUUGGAUGCUGCAAUGCGUUUUUUUGAGGAAAUGAAGGUCCAAGCUCAGAAAGUUGGGCAUGAUGAUCUUUUCCCAGAUGUUGUCACAUACACUACAUUGCUAAAGGGUUUUGGGGAUGCCAAGAAUCUUCUUUCAGUUGGGAAGAUUGUGUCAGAAAUGAAAUCAUCUUGUGACUUGUCUAUUGAUCGGAUCGCAUACACUGCUAUUAUUGAUGCGUUGCUAAAUUCUGGUUCAAUCAAAGGUGCUCUCUGUAUGUUUGGGGAGAUAUUGAAAAAGGCUGGUGGAAAUCCUGGCUUGCGGCCGAAGCCUCACCUCUAUCUUUCCUUGAUGCGUGGCUUGGCUGUUAAGGGAGACUAUGGUCUGGUUAAAUGUCUGCAUGAACGCAUGUGGCCGGACUCAGCAGGAACUAUUUCCUCCAAAGUUCAAGUUGAAGCUGAUCACCUUCUCAUGGAGGCAGCUCUAAAUCAUGGCCAGGUUGAUGUGGCUGUACAAAAUCUAUAUCACAUUAUUAGAAAAUGGAAGGGAAUAUCAUGGGCUAGUCGAGGAGGAAUGGUUGCUGUACGCAUUGAGGCAUUGCUGGGGUUCACUGCAUCCAUUUUUGGUCCUUACAUGCUUUCUCAGGUGUCAGUUAGUGCUGCAAUUGAGUGCAUUAUGAUACCAUUUGAAGAAGCUCAGCCAUUACAAGCUACCUGGCACCUGAGGCAAGUGGUGCUGCGUUUCUUCAGAGAUUCAGUUGUGCCCAUCAUAGAUGACUGGGGAAGCUGUGUGGGAAUACUACAUCGGGAAGACUGCAAUAUGUUGGAUGCUCCACUUUCAACAAUGAUGAGAAGCCCACCUCCUUGCGUCACAAGCUUGACAUCUAUUGGUCGUGUCAUUGAUUUGAUGUUGGAGAAGAGGUACAAGAUGGUAAUUAUUGUAAAAUAUGAUGAGUUUCAUGGUAUGUCUUACAGCUUUAGUUUAAGGGCCGUUGGUGUUUUUAAAUUUGAACAACUCUGUAAGCUUGCUAUUCCGGCAUCAAAGCUGCAGGGGCAACAACCUUACACCUCUCGAAUAUGA